AUGGCGGAAGAGGUUAACUAUGCUUCUGUGGUAUUUAAAAAGAACAAACGGCCCCAAAUAGAAGGUAAGUUGGAGAAGGAGGUGACUGUGUAUGAUGAAGUGAAGACAUCCAAGGAAACAGACGAGCAAAUCCCUGCAAAAAAUGGUUCAGGAGUACUCAUGUCAGAUGAUGAAGUGGAAAGGAGGAGUCGAUACUAUCAGCGCUUGCUGUGUCUCUUUGGGAUGUUCUGCUGCUGUUUGCUGUUGGGCAUCGUAGGACUCUGUGUCUACUUUGCAUUACAUCAUGAGUGGGUCACCAGUGAAAUGAGCCAGUUGAAAGCCAGCCACAAACUUCUACUGGAUGACAAUCACAACCUGACGAAUCUCAGCGACGACCUGUUACAGUUGUCACUUGACUUAAAAAGAGAGAUCAACAAUGUAUCUGCAGAAAACAGAAAUCUUACGAUGAGAAACGAGGAGCUGAUGAAACAGAGCCAUAACCUCACAGAACAAAUACAAAACCUAAAGACACAGGGUAAUGAGUUCAAUGUCAGCCGAGCUCAGUGGAGCAUCGAUGCCUACUGUCCAAAGGAAAGCGAUGAAAGAAAAUGCAGACCUUGCCAGGAUGGCUGGUUCGACUUUCAGUCCAGCUGCUAUGCAUUUAAUGAUGCCGUCGAGUCUGAGCAUAAAACCUGGGAAGAAGCUCGACAAAAUUGCAGAGGAAAGAUUUCAGAUCUGGUUGUUGUGGCUGAUGAAGAGGACGAGGAAUUUGUGAAUGAACACAGUUGGCCUCGUAAAGUCUCAAGUCGUGCAUACUGGCUUGGCCUCAGAGUUGAGGAUGGGAGAUGGAAGUGGGUCAAUGGAAGUUAUCUGACAAACAAUGCCUGGAUAUCAGAAGCUACCGAUGGUCACUGUGCAGUUUCAAUCAAUAAUCAAGGAUGGAAAUCUGUGAGAUGUGAUGAGAAAUGGUGCUGGAUCUGUGAAAAGAAGGCCAUAUUGGUCUGAACUCUGAGGUUGUUAAUGGAUCUAAAAUAUUAAAAUAUGAGGUCUACUUGAAAAUGCCACCAUCCAUUUUAGCCUAUACCGGCUUCAUCCUCAUUUGC